ACACUCAGCCGGUCUAAAAACAAAAGUAUGGACUCAAUGUGCCGGGUGGUCACCGACGGGAUACUUAAAUAAUGGAGCAGAGGCGCCUCCUCCUGCUGUCUGAGCCGGUGACCAGCGUUUAAACUUCGCUUUGAGCAGCAAUGGAGUGAGGCGGACUCUCAGCGGACAGACGGGAGUUGUCAGACCUCAGUGUCCGUGCAGCGGCGGAGGCAGGACAGCGUCCACUUUACCGGUUACGGGCUGUUUCUGUGUGAAUGUACAAAGUGCAAGGUCCCCUCAGAGCACUGAUAUGAGCUGCCACCAGCUCUAACGCUGCUUCUCCUCUCCUCUUAACUUAUAUGUGCCUUUUUUACACAGUUAUUUUUAUAAGCUAGUUUAGGUUUUGCACCAAAGAUGUCGUGCCUUUUACUGGGAGUCAUACGAAGGCCGGGUGGUGUUGGGGCAAGUGUCGGGGUUCGCGCCCUGGCCUCCAUCCCCUCACUGCCUCCGGCGGUGGCUGAAUAUGUGAAGGGAGCUGUGGAGGAGUGUAAACCCUCCGGUGUGCAUGUGGUGACCGGGACGCCACAGGAAACAGCCAACAUCCUGGCAGGUCUGCAGAAAGAAGGCAUGGUCAAGAAGCUUCCCAAAUAUGAAAACUGUUGGUUGGCACGAACAGAUCCAAAGGAUGUGGCUCGAGUGGAGAGCAAGACUGUGAUCGUGACCAAGAACCAGAGAGACACCAUCCCCAUCCCUGCUGGAGGGGUGAAGAGCCAGCUGGGUAACUGGAUGAGCGAGUCUGACUGGCAGAAAGCGAGACAGGAGCGUUUCCCCGGCUCCAUGGCAGGUCGGACCAUGUAUGUGAUUCCCUUCAGUAUGGGUCCUGUAGGCUCAUCUCUGACUAAAUACGGUGUCCAAGUGACGGACUCGGCGUACGUUGUGGCCAGUAUGGGGAUCAUGACACGCAUGGGCACUCCUGUUCUGAAUAAACUGGCUGAAGGAGUGGAGUUUGUCCGCUGUCAGCACACUGUGGGUCGACCUUUACCACUAAAAGCUCCUCUGGUCAACUCUUGGCCCUGUAACCCAGAGAAGGUGCUGAUAUCUCACCUCCCAGACACCAGGCAGAUCCUGUCCUUCGGCAGUGGUUACGGAGGAAACUCUCUUCUUGGGAAGAAGUGCUUCGCCCUCCGAAUCGCCUCCCGCAUCGCCAAAGACGAAGGCUGGCUGGCUGAACACAUGCUGAUCUUGGGAAUCACCAACCCUCAGGGGGUGAAGCGUUACGUAGCGGCUGCCUUCCCCAGUGCCUGCGGUAAAACCAACUUGGCCAUGAUGAAGCCGUCUCUGCCAGGCUGGAAGGUGGAGUGUGUGGGUGACGACAUCGCCUGGAUGAAGUUUGACAGCCAAGGUAAACUGAGGGCCAUCAACCCGGAGAACGGAUUCUUCGGUGUGGCUCCCGGUACCUCCGACAAAACCAACCCCUACGCCAUGGCGACCAUCGCCAAAAACACCGUGUUCACCAACGUGGGUGAGACCAGUGAUGGGGGAGUGUGGUGGGAAGGGCUCAGCCCCCCUCCAGCUGGUGUCACACUUACAGAUUGGCACGGCAAAACCUGGAAACAAGGCAGCUCGACAACUUGCGCUCACCCCAACUCACGCUUCUGUGCCCCGGCGGCUCAGUGUCCCAUCAUCGACCCUCAGUGGGAGAGCGAGGAGGGCGUUCCCAUCGAUGCCAUCAUCUUUGGAGGCAGGAGGCCAGAAGGAGUCCCUCUGGUCUACGAGUCUUUCAACUGGCAGCAUGGAGUGUUUGUUGGAGCCGCGAUGAGGUCUGAGGCCACGGCAGCUGCUGAGCAUAAAGGCAAGGUGAUCAUGCACGACCCCUUCGCCAUGCGGCCGUUCUUCGGCUACAACUUCGGAGACUACCUCGCUCACUGGCUGAGCAUGCAGAGCCGAAAGGCCCCCACUCGCCUGCCCAAGAUCUUCCACGUCAACUGGUUCAGAAAAGAUCCAGCGAGCGGCGCCUUCCUCUGGCCCGGCUUCGGAGAAAACGCCCGCGUGCUGGAGUGGAUCUUCAAGCGCUGCAGCAGAGAGAGGGAAGAGGAGGCGGCCAAGAAGAGCAUCAUCGGCUGGCUGCCAGCGGAUGGUGCCAUCGACACUAAAGGUCUGAGCGCUGAGGUGGAUAUGGGCGCCCUGUUCGAUGUGCCCAAACCUUUCUGGCAGAAGGAGACCAAGGAGUUGAGAGCCUACUUCACUCAGCAGGUUGGAGCUGACCUGCCGCCUCAGGUGGAGGCUGAGCUGAAAGGGCUGGAGGACAGAGUGCACAAAUAAAACCCUGCUGACAGGAAGUUGAUCCAGGAACAGAGAGGGAGGCACUGAUGGAGCACAAUUCAGAUCAUUAUGGUGGAAUCAGAGCCACUGACUGCUUUUACAUGCAUAGAAAAUGAAAUUCUGAACCAGGUUAGCUAAAAAAACAACAACACAGUUUUGGUUCAAUACAUGAAAACUCAGUUUGUAUAACCAGGUUGAGAUGGAUGACUGGCAGGUUACUGUGGUACAGAAACAUCUUAUUUCUCUCCGAAUAUCAAAACAUCGACCAAGACGUCAAAAACAUGUUAGUUAUCUCAUUCACAACAAAAAGUCAUGUAUUUAUUCUGUCACUGGUGCACACUAAAUAAAAAACAAUACCUCAAAAAGGCCAAUAGCCUCGCCAGUAGUCAACAUUCUCUGCGCAUGAAAACACAUUCGGUGACCUGAGCCUUUCUCUUUCCAAAGAGAAAUCUGUAAUCUACAAUGCAAUAUCUACCUUGUGGACACGACUUCACACUAAUGCUGCAGCACUUGAGGAAGUGGAGCUGGUUGGUUGUAGGAGGAAGGUUUGACUGUCAGCCUGAAGGUUAGUUUUCAGAAACAGAAGCUAAUGUCACUACCUCUAUUCACUCACAACUCCCUUCAUAACACUGGAGUGCAUUCAACGUGGCCUUGUAGAGCCUUCCAGACAUUUAACAACAGCGUCCAGCUGCUGGUGUUUACAGGCUGAAGCCCAAAGACCUUUUCUUAGACUCAAUUCUGAAAGGGCAGAUAAAGAGGAAGCAUUUUUACUCAUUGAAAGGUUUUUAAUUGAAAUUUCAGGAUUUUAGCCCCAACUUUCUCACCACAUUAAGGGUCUCAUGAAAAGCCUUUUUGUUUUUAAUUGUUUUUUUAUUUUUAUUUUUUUUAUCAUUAACUACUCAGAACAGAUUUGUGUUUGGGGCCAAGGAUUACUAUGCAUCAUUCAUAAAGCCACUUUUGUAAUGUUUGUGAUUAAACUGUAUGAUUUCAGGUGAUGUUUACACACAAUAUGUGAAAUGUUGGACCAAUAAAUACGACUGAGAUUAUUAGGUAUUUUUAGAAACUGUACACCAAGGCUUUUAUUACAGUGCAAUGAAUAAACAUCUUCAAGAGCAGAAA